UGCUUUGAUUAUCAGUCGCGUGUCCCCCGGAUGGUUCCUUAGGACUCGAUCCCUUCCCCGUUUCAGGGACAUGGGAUAGCGCGUACCCGCCUCUUGCUCGCGCCUUGAAGGGGCGGGGCCGUGCGAAAUCACCACCACUGGGAUGACGGACUGGUCCCGGAUAUUUACCUAUUCCUCACCUGUCAGGCGCGCGUCGUUUCCACUAUUUCCCAUUGGAUAUCUUCUCAACACGUCUCUAAAGCAGAACCACCGAGGUCCCCACUCAGUGAUGAGCUGAUGAGCUCAAGCAAGGUGUGUGUGUGUGUGUGUGUGUCCUUGCGAGGUGAGACCUUUUUGCCUGGGCUACAGACAUGCCAAAACCUGACCUGCUCUGCCUGGUUCAGCUGUUGAACGGCACCAUCCAUACCUUCAGAGUCAGCAAGCAGGAUGAAGGUGGGGUGCUGCUGGACCUGGUGUGUGACCACCUGGGCCUCCUGGAGAGACAUCUCUUCAGCCUGCAGCUCCGGGAGGCAGGCACCACCAUCGCCUCCAUCACGGCCAACACACACUCUCCUAGGUGGUUGGAGCCAGAGAAACCCUUGAAGAAGCAGAUGAAAGGGCUCGUCGCACCCUUCUAUCUCAACUUCCGAGUACGAUUUUUCAUCUCCGACCCAAACUCUCUGCAGCACGAACAGACAAGGCACCUUUACUUCCUCCAGAUCAGCAGCGACAUCAGAGAGGGAAGGUUGCAGUGUCCGCUGAGUGCAGCAGUAGUGCUGGCUUCUUAUGCAGUUCAGUCAGAGCUUGGGGAUCACAGUCAGUCCUGUCUCCCUGGUUACCUCUCCAAGAGCCACUUCCUCCCAGAGCAAGACGAUGACUUCCUAUCUAAAGUGGAGGACCUGCAUCCCCAGCACAAGGGUUUGAAGCAGAGCGAGGCUGAGCUCUGUUUCCUUAACACGGCACGAACACUUGAGCUUUAUGGAGUGGAGCUGCACGCUGCCAUGGACUCGACCAGCGUUCCACUGUUGGUGGGCCUGGCCUCCAGCGGUGUGGCUGUGUUUUGCAACAUGAUCUGCUCCAGUUUCUUCCCCUGGGGCAACAUCAUCAAGAUCUCCUUCAAGAGGAAACGCUUCCUGGUGCACCUCAAACGCAAACAUGGUGAGACCCAGGACUGUGAAGUGUCUUUGGUUCUGGGCUGUCCCAAGGCCUGUAAGAACCUGUGGAGGUCCAGUGUGGACCACCACUCCUUCUUCAGCUCCAGCCGCUCCGCUCGCAGCCCCAAGCACAACUACAGCAGCAGGCAGGCCUACAGCAAGCUGAUCACCCAGCACCUGGGCAGGCUGGGCCCCACCAAGACAGACAGGGGCGGCCCGGUGUGUCAGCGCGUGGUGGGAGGGAUGGUGUGGAACCCUGUCCUCCAGCGCUCGCUGUCCUCAGAGUACCUGGAGACCAAGAGCCUGCCCUCCAGAUCCCCCCCCAACACACCCAACUGGCGGAGCCCCAGAGUUCGCCAUGGCAUCAGUAAGCCCCGCCCAUCGUCGGUGGAGCUGACCAACGAGCUGGAAGACAUGACCGAGGGGGAGGACGUCUUCUACACGUACAGGGUCUCUGUGGGCAGCAGCAGGGGCAGUGAGGGGGGGGAGUCUCCCCAGCGCAACAGCGCUGGUCAACACAGCCAGGAAAGCUCGUUCAAUGUGUUUGACAUCAGCACAGGAGAUGAAGAUAAUGGAGACACAUCUCCACACAAAUGGGACAAGCCCCCGCUGGGAGAUGGAGAUCUUCUUCUUGUACGUAUUGCUCCGGAUCAUGAAGGAAGGUUUGGCUUCAACGUCAAGGGCGGGGUGGAUCAGAAGAUGCCUCUAGCGAUAUCCCAUGUUAAGCCUGAGUCCCCGGCGGGGCGAUGUGAGCCCCAGCUGCUGGAGGGAGACCUGUUAGUGCUCAUCAACGGUCGAGACAUUUCUGAGCACACCCAUGACCAGGUAGUCAUGUUCAUCAAGGCCAGCCGAGAGUCCCACUCCCGGGAGCUCGCCCUGCUCAUCAGACGCAAAGGUUCCGGUCGGGUGGCCCAACUACUACAGUUCCCCCCUUCCCUCUCGCUGACCGGCCAAUCAGAGUCCGACAAGCCCUCGUCGCCGGGCCAGGCGGAGCGUGCCAGCACCCUGGAGGACUCCAUGAGACAGCUGGAGAGAGGGCUGCAGUCAGGCACUCUCUCCUUCCACUUUGAGAACCUGUACAGGAGGAAGCCUGGCCUCCUGCUGGGCUGUUCUCGCCUACCGGAGAACAUGGAGAAGAACCGCUACAAGGACGUUCUGCCAUACGACGUUUCCAGGGUGGUUCUGCAGGACCAGGAAGACUACAUCAACGCCAGCCACAUCACAGUGGCCCCCCCGUCGUCCGGCAUGUGUUUACGUUACAUCGCAGCGCAGGGUCCCCUGCCCCACACAUGUACACACUUCUGGCAGUGUGUGUGGGAGCAGCAGACACACACCAUCAUCAUGCUCACCACACUCACCGAGAGGGGACGGACCAAGUGCCACCAGUACUGGCCGCAUCCGGCGGAGGUGAAGGAGUAUGGCUGCCUGAGGGUGAGCUGCCACUCGGAGGAGUGCACCCUCGCCUACGUCACCCGCUGCUUCACCCUGACGCACACACAGCGGGGGGAGGAGCGCGCGGUCACACACCUCCAGUACGUGGCGUGGCCGGACCACGGCGUUCCGGACGACCCCUCUGACUUCCUGCAGUUUGUCAACUGUGUCCGCGACCGGAGGAAAGGCCAGGAGACACUUAUGGUGCACUGCAGCGCCGGGAUUGGGCGAACAGGUGUGUUGAUCACCAUGGAGACAGCGCUGGCGCUCCUGGAGGAGGGUCGGCCCUUGUACCCCCUGGACGUGGUCCGAGCCCUCAGGGACCAGCGGGCCAUGAUGGUCCAGACCACGUGUCAGUUCCAGUUUGUGUGCGAGGCCAUACUACGAGUCUACAAAGAGAGACAGAAAAGAUCUUCAACCCCAUAGCUUACCUCACUACUGCUAGCCAUCCAAAGCAGGACACAUGUACACGCACACCAGCCUAACUUCAUUCCAACAAUAGCUACCUUCCACCAAGAAGAGUGAGGGUCCCUCCUGCUACUGAAUGAUGUCCCCAACAUUUUGCCAAACUUUGGACUGGUAUGAGUCUGGCUAGACUCAGAGAAUAUUUGUAAUUGAGCUGCAUGGUCUAGGUUGAGCACACAGGACAUAAGCAUUAUGUCAUUAUGUCACCUUCAGCAGACAAUUCUGCAAUCAGUUCCCUAAAGCAUCGUGCAUUUAAAUACCAAGACGGAACAAAGAUGGCCGUCGUUAAAGAAGGAGAAUGGUGGAAGAAAUGGAGAGAUUCUGUUCCCUGCCGGGUGAGAAUGACAGCGGUACUGAAGCGAACGGUACUUAGCACUAUAGCAACGCCCAGCUAAAGACCAGACUGCUGCUCCCAUAGAACAGUGCCUUAGUUGCCUGAUCCCGUGGACAUUUCUAGCGCUUUAUUGGUGUCUUCAUAAACUAUGUGACCCUUAUCAACUUUUGUAUCUUCGGGUGGCGGCAGCACAAGGAAGACCGCCCUCCCCCACCCCAAGGAUCACCACCUCAAUUAAAUUAUUGACACAGGGAAUAAAUACAUUGAUUUCUAUUGAUGCAUCUGACUUCUGGUGGGCAGAAAAGUCUAUGCUAACCUGGUUUUUCAUGGUGUCAGGAUGAACACUUUAUGAUGUAGACUGUGUUGAAUGCUGCACUGUGAGGACGCAGGGCUACCUGGAAAGAAUGACUGUAAUGAUGAUGAUUUUGUAAAUAUACACUUUUAAUCCUUUUUGUACUCCACUUUGUUGUGUCUGGUGACAUUAUUUUUAGUUAAGUUAAGCACACAGGAGAGGGCACAUCCUGGUAAAAAAAAUCAUUCACAUGCUGGCCUACCACACAACAUAUUGUGUGGUAGCUAAUCUACACAAGUGUGAUUCCUGUGGGAUUUAAUCCUAUUAAAUCACAUUCAUGAUAUGAUCUGACUCCUGAAUGUCUGUGCCAUAAUGUGCAAACAAAUGACCUACAGUAUUAUGCGGCCUGUUGCCCUGUCUUUUUAUAGCUAUUAUUCUUAUCAUCUAAUA